UCUGUGCUAGUACCUACCAAAAACAACCAAAUCAAAACGAUAAAGUAUUUUUUAAAUAACGAGUUUAUUUUAUUAUGAUUAUAUUGAUAAUAUUUUAUUAAUGUGAAAAUAGUGAUAGUUAUAACCUAUGUGUGAAAUAAAUAAAUAAAACAUUCAUCAUGAUAAUAUAUUCGCUUCUUAAAUCACAACUGAGACGUCCAGUUUUCAGAGCUCAGGUGCAAAAACGUCUUAAUUGCUCUGGAUCAGAGAGCCCAUUGCGCAAGCUACUUCGUGAUUCAAGUUCAUUCGGUGAAAUUCAAAUCGACAAAGCUCCCGAUGGAGAUCUCUUAUGGGCGACUCAGCCAUACGCGGUGAAGGCAAGCGAAGAACCUACGAGAGGUGUAGAUCCUACUGAAGCCACAGUCCUACUCUUUCCUGGUCAAGGAUCAGAAUGGGUAGGGAUGGGUCAAUGUUUAGACAGUGUACCUGCUGCCAAAGAACUGUAUGAAUUUGCAUCCAGCAUUGUUGGAUGGGACGUGGCGCGCGUGUGCCGGCGCGGGCCCGCCGACGAGCUGCGGCGGCGCUGCCAGACGGCCGUGCUGGUGACGUCGCUGGGCGCGCUGGAGCUGGCCCGCGAGCGGCGGCGCGGCGCCGUGGAGCGCGUGCGCGCCGCCGCCGGCUUCUCGCUGGGCGAGAUCACGGCGCUGGUGUACGCGGGCGCCCUCUCGCUGGAGCGCGCGCUGCGCCUCACGGAGCUGCGCGGCGCCGCCAUGCGCGCGGCGGCCGCGGAGCGCGCGGGCGGCAUGCUCACGGUGUGGCUGGCGCCCGACGCGCAGCUGGCGCGCCUGCUGGCGGCGGCGCGGGAGGCGGCGCGCGCGCCCGACCUGCCCGACCCCGUGCUGGUGGUGGCCAGCUACCUGUACCCGGGCUGCAAGGUGCUCGCCGGCGACGACCGGGUGAGCCGUCAUUGUUGUAAUACUACAUCAACAUGCUCACGGUGUGGCUGGCGCCCGCGCCCGACCUGCCCGACCCCGUGCUGGUGGUGGCCAGCUACCUGUACCCGGGCUGCAAGGUGCUCGCCGGCGACGACCGGGUGAGCCGUCAUUGUUGUAAUACUACAUCAACAUGCUCACGGUGUGGCUGGCGCCCGCGCCCGACCUGCCCGACCCCGUGCUG